UCAACACUAACAGCUGAAAACAUUUUACUGCAUAAAAUGUGGCUAACAAUAUUUAAAUACCUUUCAAUAUAAUGUCAUUUUCUUUGUUUCAGAUAAAAGAAAUUGACAAUCUACUUGACAAUCCUGCAACUUGAAAGCUCAAGGUCAGCUAAAUGGCGUCAAAAGCUACUGGUAGAGCGUUGAAUAUAGAUGUCUCUGGUCUUCUCGAUAUCGGAUGUCAUUACGCAGGUACAUUGUACAUACAAAAGAAUUCCAUAAGAAAAAGCAAGUGGAGUGAACGUUUUGUCGUCAUUGCACGGGGAUGGAUAUAUAUUUUCCAUGAUAAAAAUGCUAAGAGAGCAGAGAAGACAUUCCCUUUACAUGAGUUCAAUAGAGUGGAGAGCCACCAUCAUGUUUCCGGCGAAAAUUUCUGCUUUUGCCUGAUCUACUCGGACCUACAAAAGAAAGAGCCAGUUAUUUUCUCUUGUGUAGUUGAAGAAGCGAAACAGACAUGGAUGAAACAUUUUGAUGAAACUAUUAAUGAAGUUAAUAGGGGGAUUUAUGGAUCACAGGCAUCACAAGCGGACAGCGAUUACGAUAGUAUUCCUGGAGAAGGACGAAAUAAUUCCAAUAGUAUGCUUGUGUUAGCAGGCAAUCAACCCGCCAUUGUGGAAGCUGAUGAUUCCGGGCUUCUGAGAAGAGAACAGAUGAAGUCAUCUAAUAAGUGGAAAAGAAUGUCGGAGCCAACAGAAUCGAUAAGUAGAGAUGAAAAAUGCUACAAUUAUUUGUCUUCUGCACGUAAUGGAGCGCCACCUGUACCGGAUGAGAGUUGGAAACGAACAACUUUAUCAAGAAACAUGACUGAGCCGAGUUUUCCUAAUACAGAACAAGACGGACAACAAUCUGUUACAAAAUCUCACUCAUACGCGGAUGUUCGUAUCUGCAGUGUCAGUGAAGUAACAAGUUGUGCUUCCAGCUCACGAAUAUCAAAAGGUAUGAGCAGCGCAACAUUCAUAUGUGAGUUUCAAGAUAAUGCUGAAAAGAUGUUGAAGGAACAACCCGUAGGAAAUUAUUUAGUUUGUCCUAGCAAAGAGAGUACAUGGGUGCUGCUUAUCAAAACUAAGGAGGAAGUAUCUAAGAUUUUGAUACACACAAAUGGAGAGAAGAGUACAAUUUCAUUUGGUACAAACACCCCUGUUUUUCGUUCUCUGUGCGAUUUGAUAAAAUUCUACCAGCUGAACAAAUUGCCUUUUGAAGAUGUAGACAUGAUCCUACAGGAAAGCGGACAUGAAUACAGUAAACAAAGAACUGUGAUAUCCUACAGACUGUAACACUAAUGUAGCAGCAAUACUAUCACAGCAAACUGAAGGAAUAUGAAUCGUAUUGUACAACAUAAUUGACAUAUAAUUGUUCUUACAGUAUAAAAGUGUUUUUGAAAAACUGAGUCAGGUAUAAAUGUAUAAAUUGUCUACACCAGUAACUGUUAUUAUGCAUUAUUUAGUGAUUUUGUUUGAAAUUAAUGAUAAUCAUAUGAAUACCUUACAUAUUUACAUAAUUAUGCUUUCUGAAAAUUAUAUUUGACAAAAGGUAGGUCAUGUAAAUAAUGAUUAAUAUAUUAUUAGAAUUUUGUAAACAGUUAUUUGCGACGAUCAUUGUCUGACCGCAUGGCUUGUCGUGUGUAUAUUUAGUCAAAAUACUCAUUAUAAAGUUAUUAAGAAACGCUUAUAUGCAUUGUCUAAUGAUAUACGUUAGUGUGCUACAGACAAAAAUAUUAACGGUUGUUUGAAACGUGUUCAAACAAUUGUUGACAAAAUUCAGAAAAAUUCCUCUACCAUAAGUUUAAACUAGUAAUUGUUCGUCUGGACGGAAGUUUUCAUGGUAUCAUGAAAUUAAUACUAAGGAAUGUCUUGAAGAGGGAGCUGAUUCUGACUUGUUGAAUAGAUACAGAAGUGAUCUUAAUGGUAUCUGUUAGAUAUCUAUAGUAAGGAAUACAUCGAAUAAGGGUACAUUAAGAAAAUGUCAAUAUAUUUUUGAUAAAGAAAAACCGUCUCAAGAUAAAAGUAUGUAUCAAUUUCCUGGAGGCACAGAGCACCCCAAACACAGGCAUAUCCAUGCAUCGCAAAGUGAUCCCACAGCAAAAAGAAGCUGUAACGGAAAAAUAUGUGUGCCUAAAGCAAUUAUUUGUUUAAUAACCUAGUUUUAAAACAUUUUGUAAGUUUUAAUUCAGAAUAUUCUAUUGUGUUCUGCAACAAUAUUAUUUUUAUAAACAGUGUAUGACAGUUAAUUUUAGAAAAAGCUUGUCCUUGAAUUUUCAAGAAUGUUCUCGUUAUUCACAUUGUUACAUGAAAAUUCUAAAACCUUCAAUGAUACAAUUAGUAGUGAGCUCUUUUCAGGAUUAAAAAAAGCAUAAAACUGAAAUUAUAGAUAUCUAUGAAACUUUUUUGGUAUUUCUUGAUAACAAAAUAUUAUAAGUUUGAAUAUUUAUUUUCUUGAAGGUUUAUUUGAAAUUGUUACUAAAACUCAUGGAUCUAAAGAGUUAUCUUUGAAGAUAGAAUUAUAGUUACUUUUGAACUGUUUGAAACAUGGAAUUUAUUCUGAAUGGCUUUGUUUUUGCCCUUGACAGGAUUUGGACUAAUUCUACAUGAUUGAUUUGAUUUUACGGCUCUUUGCCAUUUUUAAAGUUUCUUGGGUUUUUUUUAAUUAAUGAAUUAAAUUUUGUUAUUGUCAUUGUUUGCUUAAUGCUAACUUUUGAACUUAAUAUUUUGUUAGACAUUUCAACUAACUUUAAUAGAUUGUUUUGUAUCGGAAAAGUU